CUGUCUUUACUGCAGUGCACAUCGCACGGAUAGUCGUCCGGAUUUUUUUCCUCUUCGUGGCUUCGUUUGGAUCUAUCUAUCAUUCUCUCUCUGGUAUUGGAAUAUAUCGCAACACUCUGUUCAUCUGAGAAGAAAUGAUCUGUUUUCUAAUGCAAGAGUGCUAAAUGCUGACCUGAGCUCCGGUAUAUGAGGAACACAACCUACAGAUGGAGUCAAGGGUUCCUCACCACAUUCCUGGAGUCUCCUCCAUCAUGGCGCAGCCUUUGCUGGACAGCCGCAUUCCCUACGGACGGCUCCAGCUCCCAUUAACUAUUUACCCCAUUGACCAAAUGAAAUCUUUACAUUUGGAGAAUGACUACAUCGACACCCCUGCUGUGAUCUCACAACAGCCACCAAGCCACAAGGCAAGCACGAGGGGGCAGGAAGUCCUACUGGGACCCCCGCACCAUCCUCAUCUGCCCCACUGCGAGGUCCCAGAUGCCACCACACAUCCCUGGAUUUCCUUCAGUGGUCGGCCCAGCUCCGUCAGCAGCAGCAGCAGCACCUCCUCCGACCAAAAGCUGCUGGACCAUGCAGCUCCCACCCCUGUUUUAUUAGAGCAACCCAAGGCGCUGAGCUCCAAGACUCAGAAUGUGAAGGCGGUUGCGGCACUGCCAGUGGAGAAGAAGCACGCACCGUUGUGUGAGAAAUGCGGCAAAUGCCGAUGCACGGAGUGCACUUUGCCCCGGGCCCUGCCCUCGUGUUGGAUUUGCAACCAAGAGUGCCUGUGCUCUGCGAAGAACCUAGUGGACUCUGUCACUUGCAUGUGUCUAGUCAAGGGCGUCUUCUACCACUGCACUGAUGAGGACGAGGAAGGCUCCUGCGCUGACAAGCCGUGCUCCUGCUCGCACUCGAACUGUUGCGCGCGCUGGUCCUUCAUGGCGGCCGUUUCGUUGGUGCUGCCCUGCCUGAUGUGUUAUUUGCCCGCCACUGGUUGCGCCAAGCUUUCGCAGAAGUGCUACGAUGGCAUAAGCCGCCCAGGCUGCCGCUGCAAAAGCACCCAGCCCUGCAAGGUGGCAGAGGUCAAGGCCUGUCAUCUGGAAAAACAGGCCUCAUGAUGACGUGCCAGAAACGGAGAGUACAAAGUGACUCGCGAGCAAAGUUCGCAAGACCUACUCCGAUAGCGGUGUACUUCCCAAAAUCACGGUACUUAAAGUUCACGCAUGAUCCUCGCGCUCAAGGCAUCCUGCCGUAAAUCAGUAGCAACAUUUGACUGACCAAAGGGCACAAAUCAUUAUUCUACUCGUUCGUAAAGUACUACAACAAAGGAGAGGCCUGCGUUUUCUUCUCCUGGGGUUCUCGUGAUGGCCGUGGGAUCAAAGUCUUUGCCAUUUCACACCCUAGUAAAACAACUUGCUGACACAGAAUGCUGCAUUUGAGCAAAAUGUCUGUUUGAAAGAUUCCAAUCACUUCUCUGAUGUUUAUUUUCUCUUUGGGUGGCUUUGAAAAGUCAAAGUAAAUAUCACCCAUUCAAGAACACUCUAUACUUUGGCAAUCCCUCUCCGGAUCUGGCACCGAGGAAAGGUUGCAGCGAAUUCCAAGCUGAUAACACAUGUCACAAUCAAAAUAACCAGACUUCAUCUCUGUGCACAGUACAUUUACAAGCUUGUUAUAGAGCUUUAUUUCUUCUGUUGUUUGAAAUGCAAACACGGGAGGUAAUUUGGUUUCAUUGAAGGAUUCUAAGUUCCCUUGACCGUUGCGAAAGACAUUGAUGACCGCCCGUAGCCACGUGACAGGAUGUUUUCUAUCUUCUGUGGGGACAGAUUGUUUGUUUGUGAUGGCAAAUGGGUAAAAUAGCUUUCAUAAUUCCCUUUGAAAACAUGCCAUAGCAUACAUAAACUUCCAUAAUGAUUCUUCCAAAUGUUAGCGGUUCAAUUUGUUGUAGACAAUGACCUCAGGGAUCAUCAGUUCAUCUGAAUUACGUACAGCAUGUGAAUUCAGCUUGGAACUAGUCGGGUGACUCGAGUUAAGGGAACGGGCAGUGGUCAAAACACAGCAAUUCAGACACCAAGCAUUCAUAAGCUACCAGGAGAAUCGGGCCAGUAGUUACGGGAAAAGGAGAAGCUAUAAAGUUAGCGUAUACUACUCUGCCGCUUCUAAACAAAACAUGCCAAUUGUAUCGCCAUUAUAAUGAGGCAAAAGCACAGUAUUAUGUACAGUAGCAUGUACAAAGUGUUUCACUGUAGUUGGAAAAAUUCCUCUAGUUUACUACGCACCAAACAUAACGCUCUAUGGACGUGCCCUAGUAUCGAACUGCUUUCUCUACAUAUAUAUUUUGUUAUAUGUAUAGUAUAGAGAUUUUGCCAAAGGAGUGUGCCAUGGAGAUUUCGUUGACCAUUUUUAUAACCGUUUGUUUCCAAGUGGGCAUGCAUUGUUGUACUCUAGCCAAUUAGUGCGAAAAUAAGCUCUUAAAGGUACGGUGCUCUACUUCCCAGGAUUCCUAGAGUCUGGGAGCACGAGGGAAAAUUGUCGGCCUUCUCGACACAAACCCACGGUCCGCUUGUUUAGUUCCACAUACUCCAAAAUUUGUACUUGUUGCACAAAUCUGAAAAGCAGAAAUACACUACUGUUCUUAGUCUUGAAUGUAUAAGGCUAGGGUUUAAGUCUUUUUGCAAUCUAACCCGUGGAUAGGUGCCAGAGUAGUUCUGAAUGGAGAAGCUUGCAUACCUGCAUAGGGAAGAGUUGCAAAUGUACCAUAGAUAUCUUAGACUUCGACCUAUGCAGGUUACACUUUCUUGUAAAUAGUUUUAAGAAAAACUAGCUAUAUGUUUCAAAUGUCCUGAGAAAUUGCAUGGUACAAUUUAAUUACAAUUCAGUACAAAAGUAUAUAAAUUAAUUAUUAUAUUUUUGGGAGGGCUGGGGGCGGGUGGGGGUAAAGAUUAUGUGGCUGUGGCAUAGAAGGUAGGGUGUUUAGGUAUUUCGAUUACAAGCACUUGAUUUAGAAAAGUGUGCCAGGCAAUAAAAAUACCUCUGUUAAUGCUAGCCAUGCCUCAUUAGCACGAGAGAGGCACGGCUAAUUCCCGGUUCCUCGGUGCCCCUGAAACUGUAGAUUUAAUUGAAUUCGCAGAGGGAACGGCGUUUCGUCACGCUCAAAGUAACGCCUUUUCAUCCUAAUGUGGCCAAGCAUUUUGUUUUUCCUCCUUCCUCCUAAAAUGGUGCAACAUCUUCAGUGCUUGAUUGACAUAUACAGCUGCUGUGUGUGAACUUGUCUGGGAGGAACGGGGAUCCCUCUCAAGUAACAUUCCAUUCCAUCCUAUUCGGUGUUGCUUUUUCGCCCCACCUUCUCGCUUUUAUUUUUUGUAUUUCACAAUUCUCUCAACUAUGGAGAACGAUACAGCUGUAAAAUGUAAACUUUAUGGUUGUUCGCCUAAUAUCCUGGCCUGCACGAUGGAACUGAACGAUCUUCCUUCUGUCGACCCGUUGCUGAGAUGUUCUCAUCAGGACGCUGUGACUAAAUCUAUUCAUGGUACAGUUUCUUGGCCACUAGAAACCCAUUCUUCUUUUUUAACCCACUUUAAACUGCCUUCCAAACUGGGCUUGUACUCUCUGCGUUACUUUGGCUUCAUUGUUCAUGUUGAAGAUUAAAGAAAAGAGGGUUUUGCUUUUGUUUUGUUUAAAAAAGAAAAAAGAAAAAAAAAAUCUCUCACACAUAUGAAA